AUGGCUUCUGCACAUUCGGUUCGGAUCUUCGCCUGCAUUCCCUGGCUUCUCUUCCUCUCACUCCCUUUUUCCUCCUCCGUCGAACCCUCCAUUGAGCUUUCUUUAGUUAUUUCCGAGUCGGAUAGGUUACAAUUAUCUCUUGGGGUGCCAGUAAAAAAAUUUCCCGGUUCCAAGCCCGGCAUUUUGGUGCUAAAUACAUCUCUUGGGAUAGGGAUGUGCCCUCACAGCUCUUGGCAGAAGGUUCCCAAGGUCUGGUCAAGGUCCAUGUCACCUUUUGAGCACCAACUAAUAGAUGUACGGACAUAUGGUUCAUCCUUAGAGAGCUUGGAGGUGUCCAUUGAAGAAGAAUUUGUUAAAUAUCACGUAACAUUUUUGAUAUUGGGCAUAAUCAUGAUGAGCUUGGCGUCCCACCUGAGCAAGUCAUUAGUAUUUUAUUACGGCAGUGGAAUGGCAAUUGGGGUAGUCCUUGUAAUAUUGAUGGUACUUUUUCAGGGGAUGAAGCUUCUCCCAACUGGUCGGAAGAAUUCUCUUGCAAUUUUUGUGUACUCAUCUGUGGUUGGUAUGGGAUCUUUUCUCCUCGGCUACCUACCUGGGUCAUUGCGUACACUACUCACAGAGAUUGGAAUUAGCGAAGACAUGUAUAAUCCUCUGGCUAUAUUUCUUCUGGCUUUUGUUUUUCUGGCUGGAGCAUGGUUGGGCAUCUGGGCAGUCCACAAAUUGUUCCUGGCAGAAGAUGGAUCUAUCGAGAUAAUGACAUCUCAGUUUGUUAAUUGGUCCAUCAAAAUUCUGGGUGCUACUGUGAUUUUUCAGUCCUUGUUCUCCAGAGAGACAACAACAAAAGCCUUGCAAGAACUUGCUUCUUCUCCUGAGUAUCACAGAUGGUGCUCCUCAAACGUAGAAAGAAUCAGCGUCGCCCCCUGAAACAAUAGAAAAGUUUCUGAUCAGCCGCUCAACCGGUGGCUCCUUUGGUUGUAGUAAACAAACGGCUAACAACAUGCCCUUUGCGAAGUCAACAUGGGCAUGGUACACGCAAGAAAAGGCUGCUUUUAGUCUGGGCUCUAGAGGGUAGCUGGAAAGGUUACGAUGUUGUAAAAUUCAUAGUUUUGUGCAGUUCAUUAUUUUUGAGCAACCUGAAUGGAAAGGAUCUGUUCUUUUCUGACUCUACUCUAACUUGAAAGUAGGAUGAUUUUUUGAGCAA